AUGGCCUCCUGUUGUCUUACUUGCAUUUCAGCCAUCUUGGAUGAUCUGCAGUUGCUGGAGAACCUGUGUCCUAAAACUCCAGCUUGGAAGAGCGAGCUCUUCGAAAUGAUGUCAUUAAAAAUAUAUCUAGGAAUUUUCAGAACAUUUCUUCUAUGUUUGAGAAAGUGGGGCGAUGAUGAUGAUGCAAAUCUGGGAGCACUGGUUGUUAGGAUGAAAGAUUACAUUUCCAAACUGGGACAGGCGAUUCAUAAGUUCUAUCUUACUAGUGUGGAAGAUGGAUAUCGUAUGAAACUUGCGGCACAUAUCCCAGAUGAUCUAGAAGAAGAAGCGUCAUCUCUCGUAGAAGAAAUCAAGGAUUUAAAGUACUUGACAAGGCUGUCUAGCAAGUCCCCGGUAAAGAAAGAUGAUCUAAUGGAUAUCAUGGACUCUCUUCUGGAAAGCCCUCGGUACAUUGUUUACCUUGCAGAGAACCAGUCACUCUAUGCAGGUUAUGCAGAACUAUCCGAACACUUUGCAGAGAAGUUGACAUUCUUGAAAAACUUCCUCUGUUUUCUUACCCUUCAUGGCUUCGAAGAUACGCAAUUGGGACCUUUAUUGACUCACAUUAAAUCUGUUGCCAUCAAUGCAGCAUGCAACAAUGGAGUGUUGUUCUCUAAGUCGUCCAUGUCACGUAACAAUCUUAUUUGGUACCUGCUGCAGGAGAUCAUUUUUGCAGAACCCGAAGUCUAUAAGACAUGUGUCCAGGCCCUGAUUUCUUCAAAGUUAUCAAGACAAGCAUACAAGGAAAAAGAUGAGAACAUAUUCAGAGACUUCAUCGAUUCUCUCCUAGUCUAUCUUUGGGAGAUACUUAAGACUGGAACUUGUAUUAUGAUUUCUUUGAAGGAUCGAUUGAAAAUGCUUUAUGACGGGCUGAGAUCCUUGAGAAUCAUUCUCAAGGAGAACCCCAACAAUUUUGAUGAGAAAAUGAGAGAUCUUACUGGACUCUUGCUCUGUGAUGCAGGACUUGUUAUUUUUUCCCUUUCUCUCAAUGUAAUUAAAGAUGGAUCUGUCAAGGAAAUGGAUCUCGAGUCUUUUCAUGAUUUCCUGAAAAGAAUAAAGCUUUUCAAGGCAAUAGUUGCAGAGAAAUAUCCAGAAACAUCACCAUCAUCCGAGUUUCCUAGGACCAAUGAGUUGGGAUUUAUCGAUUUUCUUCUAAAAUAUAUGGAAGAUUUGACAAAUCCUGAUGCCCAUUCAGUUGCUCUUUCAAACUAUCCAAUUCAUGCAAUCCAUGAAGAACUUGUUUACUUGCACUCCUCCUUGGGAAGAAAUGUGGAAUUGCGCAAUGAAGAUCGGGAGCUUCAAGCACUUUGGGAUCGUGUUGUUGAGGUGGCAUACAAGGUAGAAUUUCUUAUCGACUCCUUGUUGGUUGGAGACAUUCUAGAUUCUUCUUCAAUCUCAUUUGAUUCCAUUGUAGAAGAAAUUAAGAUCAUCAAAGCUGCGGCCUUGAACAUUUUUGAUAAAAAAACACUUGACCUCAAUGUUAAGGAAGUUACCAAGAGACCAAAUAACAUGCCAUCACAGGGAAGCAUGCCAAUAAUCAAUGACAUGAUCGUGGGAUUGGAGGAUGAGGCAACCUCAAUAAUCAAUCGACUCACAAGAGGAUCAUCCCAACUGCAAAUAAUUCCUAUUGUAGGUAUGCCAGGACUUGGUAAGACUACAUUAGCCAAAAAAGUUUACAAUGAUUCUUCAGUUAUGUCACAUUUUUAUGCACGUGCUUGGUGCACUGUCUCUCAAACGUAUCACAAGAAAAAUCUGUUGCUUCAAAUUUUGACUUCUAUUCAUACCAAGCUUCAUGACAAAUUUGUUGAGAUGUCUGAAGAAGAUUUGGCUCAGGAAGUCAAAAGAGGUUUGCUAAGGACAAAAUAUCUCAUUGUUUUGGAUGAUAUAUGGGACACUGAAGCGUGGAACGCAUUGGAAGCAUCAUUUCCUGAUAACCGAAAUGGAAGUAGAGUGAUCAUGACAAGUCGAAAUCGUGAUCUUGCUGCUCUGAGAGGUGAACUUGAUGAAGGACCUCAUUUCCUUCGCCCACUCACUGCUGAUGAGAGUUGGGAUUUGCUAAGUAAAAGGUUAUUUCCUGGAAAAGACUUGCCUCCUCCAGAAUUAUGCGAACUCCGAAUGCAAACCGUGGAAAUGUGUCAAGGACUACCACUUACCAUCGUCAUUCUUGCUGGAAUUCUAGCAAAUGAGGACCAAUAUAGUUGGAAAAAGGUAGUGGAAGGUUUAAACUCGAGCAUGCUCUCUAGUACAGAACAAUGCACUGCCGCAUUAGAAUUGAGUUACAACAAUUUACCAGAUUAUUUGAAGUCAUGCUUUCUAUACUUUGGAGCAUUUCCUGAAGAUCAUGAACACACUACAGAGAGGUUGAAUUGGUUAUGGGUGGCUGAAGGAUUUACCCAGAAAACUCAGUUCAAGAGUGCAGAGGAUGUGGCAAAUGAUUUCUUAAUGGAUCUUAUCCACAGAAGCUUGGUCAUUGUUUCCAAGCAAAGAUCCAUUGGUGGUGUCAAAGCUUGUCGCGUUCAUGAUUUGCUGCAUGAGUUUUGUGUGACAAAAGGCAAAGAAGAAAAUUUUCUGCAGCUGGUACGUGGGUAUGAUGAAAUAUAUACUUUCAGAGUGCCACGCAACCUACGCCGCCUAUGCAUCAACUCUAACCCAGCGCACUUUUGCAAGUCCAGGUUAUUUGCUCCCACAAUCCGUUCUCUAAUACAUUCCGAUGGUGGUAAAAGGUACCGACGUCUUGCUUUAGAGAGUUCAUCCAUGUUUGGUAUCUUCAAACUUGUUAGAGUGUUAGAAUUGAGCAACAUAUAUCUAGGUACUACUUUUCCUAGGGAACUAGAAUUAUUGGUUCAAUUGAGGUACUUGGCAAUUCUAGGAAAUAUGGAUUCAAUUCCAUCUUCCAUAGCCAAUCUCUCAAUUUUGGAAACUUUCAUCCUGAAAACAUUUGUUGGGACUGUUUUACUACCUGAUACUAUAUGGAAUCUGAAGAAGCUAAGGCACUUACAAAACAGUUGUUUAUUUUUGUUACCCACAGACAAUCUUGACACAGCUGCAAACUUGUGUGAUUUGAAUACCUUCUCCAGUGUAUCUUUUUCUUCUUUGGAUAUCGUCCGCAAGGUAUUCAGUAAAAUUCCUACUAUCAACAAGCUGAAAUGCAUUUUCGUUGUGGAAAAUGAACAUAAUUGGGUUUCAGCAGACAAGAUUCCAGUACUUGACUAUCCAAGUGGAUUAGAAUCACUGAAUCUGAUGUUCAAUCAUUAUACAAGUCUUCCAUGCCAGUUUGAGUUUCAAUUCCCUUUGGCAAUUAGAAAGUUGACUCUAUGCGGUUUUCUUUUUCCCUGGAGCAAAAUUUCGGCGAUCGAAAAUCUUCCCAAUCUGGAGGUUCUCAAAUUACUCCGUGACGCCUUUGAUGGGGAAAUAUGGAACGUGGAAAAAGAGGGGUUCCCUAAAGUUAGAUUUCUGAAAAUAGCUGCCUUGGAUAUUGUCAAGUGGACUGCCUACGAGGGUGUGGAUAGUUUUCCAAGUCUGCAGAAACUAGUAUUGAUAAAUUGUCGCUCUUUAAAGGAGAUCUCUUCUUGUUUGGGGAGUUCAACUCUUGAAAUAAUUGAGGCGUCUGAUUGUCCCUACUCUGCAAGUUUUAUAAAGCCACUUCAGGAGGAGCAAAUGGACUUGGGAAAUGCUGAUCUGAAGAUCCUUAUUUCAUAA